CAAUUAGAACGAAAAACUUAGUGUUCCGUAUAAACAUCGGUGCGAUUCGAAUUCAUCUUCGUCGUCGUCAUCGAUAUUGUCAUCAUCAUCAUCAUCAUCAUCCAUCGUCAUUACCUGAGCGCCACUGUGCUCCAACAUCUGAGAGUCAUCACUGGCGCAACGCAGCAUCUUCAAUGCGGCACAGAUCGUUGACAAGUACGCGAACCAAGUCCUUCCGAGGCUCGGCAGCCCUUGAGGGAUAGGAAGAGGGGGAGAGAUGACGAGGGGGGAGCCAUGAGCACGGCGGACACCGCGCUGUCAAUCUCGAUCAAGAUGGCCCCAGGGCCGGAACAUCGUCAGGAACCGGUAGCUCCUGACAAAAUUGCCGAGAGCGAUCGUACCACCAACGCUGACGCCGCCGUUGCCGUCGCCGUCGCCGCUGCUGCUGCCGCUGCUGCUGCUGCCGAUGUCGUUAUUGAUAUAGAGAACAUCAGCGCCACAUCGACAACCGGUAGUGGUAGUAACAACAACAACAACAACAACAUCAACACCGACGACGACGACGACUCCGUUGCUGCCGCUGUCGCUGCCGCUGUCAUCACCGCGGAGCAAAAUUCGAACAUCGAGAUUGCUCCAGCUAAUUUCACCGCUGUCGCCGCGGAUUCGAUCAGCGAAAUCUCGCCGUCGAACAGCGGCGCCGACAAUAAACAGGAUGAACCAGCAACUCUGUCUAUGCUAAAUGAUAAUGAAUUACGCGCUUUACUGGAUGAAGCUAUAACAUACAAACGCCCAAAAGAUCGGGAAGGAAAGUCUAAUCUCUUUAAAGAACUUUUACAAGAAGCUGAGGCGGAUGAGACUGAGGAAGGCCGUAGAGUGAUAUCUAAUUCACGCUGUCUUCCUGGCUCAAAUCGUAGGAGACAUAAACGAGAAUCCGUAUCCGAACGUUUGACGCAUGGCGGAUCGUUGCAAAAUUUAGCACAGCCUAUAACUUCAGAAUUCGACAGUAGUUUUGCUUAUUUGACAUCUAGUUCGUGUCACACUUACGGGAGCAGCAGGAGAAAGAACAAAAAAUAUACCGGACCCAGUGUUUCUGCUAGGCAGAGAGAAGGCGGAUCAUUACCGUCGAAUGUAAACGCAUCGCAUAACCUUGCUUCGUUGGCUAAUUUAGAUUUAAUAUUCGAUAAGAAGAAGAGCUUCUGUGAGGAACGGCCAGCUUAUGACUGGACCAAUAAGGAAAAAUCCAAAUCUCUAGACAAAUCGUCAUAUACUAGUACAAAGAAAGAGGAAAAGGAGAAAGAUAAAAAGGAACUGAAAAGAGACACUGCUAAUUCAGGCGAAGUAGAAUCUGAAGUACGAGAGAAAAGAAUCAGCAAAGGAAAAUACGGAACAAAUGAGAUGCUGGAAUCAGAUAAUCCACCCCCGGAAUAUAAAUCGGAUUAUAUGGUCAUCGACUUAGGCGACGUUGAGUCGUUAGACACCGAAAAUGACGAAGGAACCGAAUUGAAAAUCAUUGAACCACGCAAACCUAUCCAUUAUGUCACACGGGCAACUUUUGAUAUAACUCAAACACCUGUGGACACCACUAUAGAAUUUCCUAUACGUGAUCACAAACAAGAGAAAUCGAAAAUGUCUGUCAAUGGCACGGAGGUGACGGGGACAUUGUUUCAACCACACAACAGCGUAAAGUGUGGUAUAAGUGGAACUUCAACGAAUAGUUCCAGUACUAGCCAAAACAAGAUUGUGCCCGGUUUGUGCACCGUAAUGCCGCCAUCUUGGCAACCUCAGAAUAUAACAAUGGUACGUGGAUUGUGCACAGAAGGUCCCUAUGUAUAUAUAUUUUUCUUAAUGUUACUUUUUAUAAUGAUAGGUGUAAAUAUAGCACUGCGACGUCCGAAACAAAGAAGCACUGGAGAUGCAACGGUUGAUAGUCGAGGCGAUAGGCGAUCCUGGGGGACUGAGGAAGGUCAAUCAAUAUAUUGCAAUGAUACAGGAGAGGAUUAUACCAGUCGUCGUAAUUCCAAUAAAAAAAUUAAUCCGGAACCAGAACAUGAAACUGAGUUUUUGGUUGUUACAAAGAAGAAAAAGAGUAAAAAGCAAAGAAGAAGCUCCAGCGGCAGUAGAGCACAAAAUCUGACAACGUCGGGAUCAUAUCUUCAGAAUUCCAGAGGAUUUUCUAAUGAUUACAGGACGCCUCUUUCCCCUGAACUCCGGAGAAAAUCGGCUAGUAGUAUGCCUCCGAGUGACAAGUCAGCAGAUAGUAGCGAUUUGGAUUCGGUUCAUUCGUUACCAGUUACGUCAAAUACUUCAAAGCACAAUUUGUCCAAAGUUGCAACAUCAUCGGGCGGAACGCCACAAGCGAGUUACGCAGACAUAGCGCGUAUGGCUACUAUCAACAUGUCGCACAAUCUAACUAUGUCUGCCAUGUUAAAUACAUCCUCAUGGCCAAGCGUUCCACCUAAAACCCUUUCGGAACCGGAUAAAGUGCCUCAAGAUUAUUAUCCGAGUUUAGACGAAUUACAACACUCGGAAAAGAAAGCAAGACAGCAACAGAAUUUGGCCCAGUCAAAUCAUGCUGCAGCAACUCUGAGUCUGGCUUUCGAGAAGCCACUUUCGCCGACUCUGACGAAGAUGAAGAAUUCGUCAGACAGAAAGAAAGCCGAAGCUCAGGAAGAAGCCAUUAAUAAAAAUAUCCAAGUGUUUAAAUACGUGCAAGACAUUGAGAAGAUGCACGAAAGUCUAACGCAAGCGACAGAACACAAGGAACAAAAACACGUGACUCCCACCAAUUACAAUACGAAUCCAAACGAGACUAAUACUAUAACAAAUACUAUAAUGCCGAGAUACAAUAAUAAUAGUACAACGAUGAAUUAUAAUCCAGUUGAUGCUGAUAACAAUCCUAAUUGCAGCAUCAAUAAUAAAGAUUCUGUUACACACCCACGAGCCAGCAAUUCUCGCUCUCGUAGAAACUACGUACACAGCAAUCAGAAUGUACAAACUCAGGGAUCGCACGAGGAACACAUUAAAAAGACUACGACUACUUACCAUGAGGAAGCGGUUAAGAAGUCGCAUAACGCCGAUGUUGCGCAAUCCGAGAGGACUAAUCCAAUAGUUGUCUCGCACGACGGGGCGGAAGCGCAAAAGUUGAAGACUGCAAAAAUACAAGAUACGCAGAAUGUCGAACCCGAGUCUGGCCACAAUAAAAUGACGAGCGGCGAUCUGAGGACAAUAAGAGUCGCAAAAGAAUAUCAGAACAUCACGAUGAAACACGAUGCGACGAAAGUCGGAGUCUGUCAGCCGCAAAACUCAAAACAGGACAAUCAGCAGCGCGACGAUGCAGAGAACAAGAAGGCAAAGUCGCAGAACGUACCGCCCGAGAAAGAUCAGUCACAAAGAUCAUCCACGGAAACGCAGCAGGCAAAAAAUUCGACACCCAGACCUGCAGUGAUUCUUUUGGACGAAACUUCCUCGGACGUUGCCAAAAACAAUAAUCUACCGACAGAGCUCACGUUUGGCUUUGAGAUAAACGAGCAGCUGCUGCUUUCGGAGGACAAUGGCAACGAGGAGAUUCCAACGAUCACGGCGAAUCCCGCUUUCCCUCCGACCAUAUCACCGCUUGUCAACAAACCGCCCAACAAUUUUGAAAGGAAUCCGCCGUUGUUUGCCGAGAAACCAGUGAGAUACGAUAAGUUCUCGUCGAGUUAUCAUAUGCAGCCGCCGAACGCUCACGUGACACCGGCAAAUGCUCAUCCCGUAACACCUGUGCAUCCGGUGAUGGUGCAACCGUUACCAUACAUGAGCUACCCCACUACUAGAUUCGCACCGCCAACAUAUUUGCCACCGCCACCUCCACCACCACCAGGAAUCAUGGAAAAGUUUCAUCCGCCGAAGGAAGACUUCUCUAUGCUUUAUGUGGCGCCCGAGGAAGAACUAAAUGUGCAGACGUACAAUCACGAUAAGAUCGUGUCCUUCGUUGGCUUAGCAUGGGAUGCUGUCAUGAGAGAAAUGCCAGUGACUGCGACCGGUCGUAUACAGUUCUAUAGUGGACAGUGAAGUGAGAAAGCUUUCGACGCACCGAAGGGAACAGGCAAUAAAGAAACUUUUCUAUCGAUAAACCACUUCCAUUACAAAUAGCUGGUUCGAUGAGUUUCUUACGAAACCAGAUACUUGUACAUGUCGCGCGUAGUUAUUUUUCCUGGACGAAGAAUUCGUUCGGAGGAUCGCCUAUCUUGCUUCUUUGAAUCAAAUGCUGAGUCAACGCGCGAAAUUGAUGGAGCCGAGUGGUGCAAAGUGUGCCUCAAAAGAUAAUAAUAGCAAUGUAUAUAUAAUCAGUCGACAAAAACAAAACGAAUGGAUGAGGAAAAGGGAUAAAGUGUAUAUUCCAGCAAUGUACAUUGUACUUGCAUAAAUUUCCAACAAUGAUAAUGUCGCAGAACUUCAGUAUUGACAAUUAAGAACGUUUAAUCAGAUCUCUCAAGGGAGAGAAAGAGAGAUGUAUCUUGUUUCUUUGAAUAAAAGGAACUUCCAACGUACGAGUCACGCGUGUACAUACGUCAAACAUCCCUAUAAAUUUUUGAAGAUUGAGUUUAUAUAACGAUCUUAGGUGUACAAUCUUAAGUGCUUAAAAAAAAACGCUACAAAAGAAAUAUGGAUUUGUAGUAACCAGGUCUACCAUAAAGCGGGUCUCGCGAUGGAAGAACUUUGCGCAUUGACAGUGGUGUCUCCUGGUGCCUUUGGAGUUGCAAAUCUUCAAGCGAGUCAAUAGGGAAGCGUUGAAGAAGCUUGUACUAAUCGAGUCGAGAAAUCUGUGACAAGUAUCGUGAAAACAUCCAUGGCUUUUUGAACUCUCGAACUUGGGAUGAUUUUAAGUGGACAUCGUGGAAAAUUAAAAACCAGCGGGUUAUGCAUUGGUGAGUCGAAAUAUGACGAAGGUCAAAAUAUACAGAUAUUGUACUUUACUCGAUGUAAUACAAAGAUUUAAGUUGUGCGGACUGUAAAUCAGAGAGAUAUGUAAAUGCGCCGUCGUGUAAUAUAUUGAGAUAGUGUGAUCGACUUAGAACUCAGAGUGGCUACUUCUUCCAGUUGUGGAGCAUUCGAUAGCUUAAAAGUAGGAGAAACAAAAGGGUCACUAACUGAGUUUCGAAAAUGUCAAAGUGCGCUCAAAGUCUGGUCAAAUGUCUGUGAAGAUAGAAUGCCGAGUGUGUUGCAAAAUGAUAAAUUUUUACACAGACCUGCUUAUUUAAUAAAAAAAA